AUGGUAGAUGAAUCAAGGGCAAGUCCAGGAUCUAUCCUUGAAGUUUUACUACAAAGUUUCAAAUCUGGUGAAGGUACCCAAAGAUUGUUGAAUCACUUGGACGCGGAUGUAUUGUGGCUUAGAAGUCCAUUUUUACACUUCAAUCCAGUGUAUGAACUCACAAUUUCAUGUAAUUUCUCAAGUGAUGGACAAAGUGGAGGUUACAUGCAUGAUGGGGGAAUCUUCUACUUGAAGGCAAAUAUCAUAUCGUUUGAAUUCUUCAAGUACUGGAAAUUAACCAAUAUUCUGUAUCCAAACUCUCUUGAUGAAGAUUCCUUAUGUACAACUAUAAUGCAAAGUGAAGAUGUUAAAGCUCUUGGCUUCCGUGUUAAGCUUGUAAAUUCAACUUAUUUUGGUGGAUUUUGUCAGCUAAAUAAGGAUAUGUUGAGGGAGGCUUAUACCAUCCAUGCCAACUGUUGCAAUGACCUCAGAAGCAAAGUUCAUGACAUGAGGAUUGUUCUUGAUGAUUGGAUCCGCUUUAGAAACCGUGUAUCAGGGGACAAUGCUUCGGACAAAAUGGCUUUGAGGUGGCCACAGAAGUGCUUGAGAUGA